UGUUUACACUCAGGUUCACAUUUGUGAAGUGGAAUCACUUGGAAACAUUGUUGGUUCGCAAGUAGGCCAUUGUAGCUGGGUCAUGUCCGGUACGAUAAAGGUAGCUGUCAAGUUAUUAAAAGCAGGCGUCGAUAAGAACAUUGAAAAGGAGUUCAUGAAGGAAGUACGAGUAAUGGCACGGCUGCAGCACGAUAAUGUUGUACAGCUGCUGGGAAUUUGCGAAGAGGAACCCAAAUGCAUGGUUGUGGAAUAUAUGGAGAACGGAGACUUAAAUCAGUUCUUGCAUAACUACAGCUUUUCCAAUGAAGCCUCAGGACUGGACGACAUUCCGUCAAAUAUUCUUAACGAAGAAACCUUGUUGUAUAUGUGUAUGCAAAUUGCCAGUGGUAUGCAUUAUUUGUCCUCUCAAGGUUUCAUUCAUCGUGAUCUGGCGACAAGAAACUGUCUUGUCGGUCACUCCUUCACUGUAAAGGUUUCAGAUUUUGGUAUGUCAAGGUAUCUUUAUUCAAAGCAGUACUACAGAAUCGAAGGCAAAGCUGUUCUUCCCAUCCGAUGGAUGGCUCCAGAAAGUCUUUUUUACGGGACUUUCACAAGCCAGUCUGAUAUCUGGUCCUUUGCUGUCACAGUUUGGGAGAUGUUUACGUUUGCAAGGGAAACGCCAUACAGUCAUCUUAGCGACCAGCAGGUCAUUGAAAACGCCUGCUCUGUGGUUGCUAAGCAACGCAGAAGUUUCCGAUACCUGCCUAAACCUGAUGGCUGCCCAAGCAACGUAUAUGAAAUGAUGCAAAGAUGCUGGGAAAGAUCGCCAUCAGAAAGGCCGACCUUCACUGACCUAUUUCAGUUCUUUCAGUCGAUUGUUAAUAGUACCGAAGCCUCUGUCUAACUCCACCGCCUCGUGUCUAACUCCACCGCCUCGUGUCUAACUCCACCACUUCGUGUCAAACCUCCCUCCGAAUGAAUGCUCCCACAUAAGCAUUGAAAGUCUAAAUAACGCCCCGGGCUUUUUUAAAGUUUAUAUGGUGUAUUGAUGCAGAGUUUUGAAAGUGAAAUGGUUCAUACAAAGCUGGUUGGUAUUGUUCUGCAACUGGGAAAGCCUUGUCUUGCUGCAUGACAAAAUUGUAUGUGGCAUAUUAUAUACCGUUCUUCUGUUUAUCAUUCCAGUUUAUGUAAGCAGGCUUAUCCCCCUGUAGGCGUCAUUAAUGAACACUAUUGUUGUAACGUUGUCCAACGGGAAUUUUUCCCACAUUUUCUUAUCGCUGUUUUUGCUCGUCCAUCCAAUUUCUAAAUCGAUUUAAGGUUAGGUUUUAGCGAUCAUUUCUGUGAAUGAACAAAGUACAUAGGGUUUAUAUGUGCCAGUGGUAUUGGAAAAGUUUAAAAGCUGACAGAUAACUGUCAAGGACAUUGUGUACCUAAACACCACAUGGCCAGAGCUCAGUAAGCUUUAGCCAAAAUUGCAAGAAACUUAACAAAUAAAAGAAGUCCUUGUUUUUUCCUGAUAGGGUGACUUGUUCUGCUCUUUUAUCUAGCAUUAUUGUGGUAGUUCCUCAGAAGUUUCACUGCUUUUUAAAACUUUCCUUUAAAUAAUCUUUCGUUGCAGAAAAUUAUGAAUUUAGUCACAAUGUCUUGCUUUAUCAGCCUUGAAACAUUUUAUAUUUAAUCAAAUCAGAUAUAUCCAACUUUAUAUGUAAUUCUAUUUUGUCAACAAAUUUUAGCCUGCAGCAGUGUAUUUUCGCCGACAGAUUUAAUAUAACUGUUGAACUGAAAAUAAGUAUCAUUUAGUGACUUCGACGGAUAUUAGUGUUAAAAUGUUGAGACAUUUUUUUCUUUAUCAAAGGAGAGAAUUGUCUUUUUACAUCUAAAUAUUAAUAAAAUUAUUUGCUACAGUUUGUAGGGAUCACAAAAUGUUAUUCGCUUUGUAAAUCGAACGUAUAAUAAGACUUUGUAUCAUAGCGUUAAUGCAGAAUUCGUUACAAGUAUAACGAGCUAUUUUUUUUAAAUUUAACCAGUUGCAACUUCUGUAUUUAAAUUUUUGAGUAAAUUUUAUAAUGUCCAAAUGUAACUUUCUUGUUGUAUCUCCUUUUUGCUUGAUCUGAGUGGCAAGAAACCCUGUGUUAUCAUGAGUGCUUUAGCGAUAGUGAGCCAGAAGGCUAUUUCUUGUACACAACAUCCGGUAGUGUAGAGCCGAGAAAAAUGUAAGGGGGGGGGGCAUAGCGCUUUCAUUAUAUUGUAUACAAAAUGAAUGUUUCAGUUGUUUUCGUUUACGAUCGUCAUGUUAGUGAAAAAGUAAGAUCAAAUUUUGGUGGGAAAAUAAAACGAUGGCCUCAGGAAAUAAGCAGAAUGAAUAUAUAUAAUCAGGCAAAAAUUUUGUUUGGAGAAAGUUUACUGGAAAAAUUUUUCUCAGAAGUGCCAAAAAUGUUUAUCUUUGGGCACUGGUAAAAGCGCAAAAUAUGGAUAAAGCUAAGCAAAUGGUCAUAGAGUUUUUACGCCAGGCAGCUCAUUAGUGUGAUGAAAUUGCAUAGCAAGUGGGCUACACGAA